AUGGCUCGAGUUCAAUCGGAGGCGGCGGAGGUUUACGUGGAGGCGUGCAGCCGUGAGCACGCGGAGUGUGCGCUGGAGCUGGUGGAGGCCUUUGAGAACAACGACAAGGAGGCAAAUUUGUCCGACCGGUCUGUGCACCUGAACGACUUGGACGUGGGCUGCAUCGCCGAGGCUCUCCGCUCCACGGCCCACUCCAUCCGCGUGCUGAACCUGGAGGGGAACGCCUUUGGGCUGACCGGGCUGCAGCGGCUGUUGGAGGCCGUGGAGAAGAACCCCGGCACCAUUCGCGAGCUGCGGCUCGGCAGGAACAAGCUGAAGGACCAGGCGGCGGUGGUGAUUGGGCACACGCUCUCCCGCGACGGCUGCGGGCUGAAGGUGCUGGACCUCUCGGAGAACGACAUCACCAAGCUGGGCGUCAUCCCCAUCGCCGCCGCGCUCGGCAACGAGUCCUGCGACAUAGUGGAGCUCUCCUUCCACAACAACAAGAUCGAGGCAGACGCCGCCACGUACUUAGGGCAGGCCAUCCGUCACGCCGGGAAGCUGCGGCACCUGCACCUCGGCUACAACUCGAUCCGAGACACCGGGGCCGCCCAGCUGGCGCAGUGCAUCCCCCUGACGGUCACCCUCUCCACCCUCGACCUCACCGCCAACCGCAUCGGCCCCAGCGGCGGGAGGGAGCUGGCCCGGGCCCUCAUGACGAGCUCCUGCAACAUUCAGCGCCUCAAUCUGCGGCACAACCUCUUUGACAGCGCGACCAUUGAGAUGUAUGCCGAGGUGCUGCAAACCAACACCUCGCUCAUUCAGCUCUUUCUCGGCUUCAUGAACCCCACACCAGACGCCGCCGCGGUUGUGCUCUCCGCGCUGCGCGCCAACCGCACCCUGCUGCUGCUGGACAUCUACGGCUGGAAGCUGAGCCAGGAGGUCGCGUGGAGGAUCAUCGACAGUGUACAAAAAACGAACGGCACCGUCGCGGCGAUUGUGACCGACGCCUGCCAAGGCAUUGCAAGGCGGGUUGACGAGGGCAACGACGAGCGGGACGAGCGGGGGCUGCACCCAGUCUACGUUGGCCCCGACGACCGGGACGCAUACAUGGCAACCAAAAGUCUUCGGCGGUUUUCGCGGGCGCAGUCGCGGCGUCAGUCACGCGCCUCCUCGCGCGGCGCGAUGUCGUCACGCACAGGCAGCCCAUCUAACCGGCGCAUGAAUGAGCGUUCUCACUCUUGCAGGGACUCUGAUGCGUACUCGCGGCACUCUUCCAGGGGCCUGCAGGAGGCGCCGUACCAAGUCCCACGCCAAGGCCAGGGCAAUGCAGCAAGACAAGAGCUCCAGCAAGACCGCCGGACGAUGAGUGGGCCACGCGAACCGGCAAAGAGCGUGCCACGCGAGCCAGCAAAGAGUGUGCCACGUGAGCCAGCAAUGGAUGGGCCACGCGAGCCAGCAAAAAGUAUGCCACGCGAGCCAGCAAAGAGUGUGCCGCGUGAGCCAGCAAUGGAUGGGCCACGCGAGCCAACAAAGAGUAUGCCACGUGAGCCAGCAAAGAGUGUGCCGCGCGAGAAGACCCCCACUCAGUUGGAGGACCAGUCGGAGCACGUCAUGAGGCAGAUGGUGGAGCAGUUGCGAGUGGAGCUAGCCGAGCAAAGGCGGAAGCAGCUGGAGCUUGAGUUUCGCGUUGCUGCGCUGGAAAAGAGGCGGGAAUGUUCAUGUGGGUGCAACACCGCCGCUUCCGAAAGUGACCCGGCGCAAGUGUCGCGCGUUGCCGUCGUAGGCAGCAGUGGCGGAGCUCCGCUCAAUCACUGCAACGAUGCCCCCAACGGCCAUGACUCAAAGCCGCCUAGCGACGCCCGUGUGGAUGGCUGCGUGCCCCAAGAGGCGAACCCGCCUUUCCGGCCGUCUACCCCCUCCGGUGCCCAGACCCCUGCGGAGUCGACUGAGCGAACCAAAAACGCCGGGCCGGUUUUCUCCGAGGCGCGGCAGAACGGCACCGCCGCUAGCACUGCUGUCGCUGUGGCGGCUGCCCUCCGUGGGGGCGCCAGUGCUAGCGGCGGGUCGGUGCCGCCCCUGCAGCCUUCUGUCGCCCGCACGGAGCGGUCGGAGCCGCCGGCGGAGCCGUUGGAGCUGCCGAGGGAGCAGCGGCCAGCGGAGGCGACGCUGCAGAAGUCCACGAAGCAGGUUGAAAACUACCAGCCGCGGCUGGCUCCGUCGCCGUCGAAGGACAACGACCCACCGCGACGGAAGGGCUCCAUAAGGGCCGUGUAG